AUGCAGAAGGUGGACGCGACGCUCUCGAGGUUUGACCGCAAAUCCCCGCGAGCGGCGUACGUGCAGGUCUGCGAGGAGAUGGGAAUUAGGCCACAGAAGAGCCUUGGCGCCCUCCUCAGCGACGCCCCGCGUGACUGGGACAAGCACCGUGUCUUUGACUGCAAUAAGUUUAUUCUUGGGUCGAAGGGCUGCAUGGCGCUGCUGCCGCUGUUGCUAUGCAGCCGCUCCCUGCGCCGCGUAAGUCUGCGUGGCUGUCAAGUAACGGACGAGUUUGUCGCUGAGUUGGCGGAAACGCUGCAGGACCAUCAGUACAUCCGCAGCGUGGAUGUGGGCGAUAAUCCGCUUGUGACGGUGUACAGCGCUGACCCCAUCAUCAAGCUGCUGCACGUGAACAAGAACGUUGUGCGGUUUGACCUGGACGGGACGCACAUUGGCGCUAACGUUUCCAGCCUUAUCAACGAUCUCUGCGACAGGAACCAUGAAGAGGUUGCGAACUACUAUGCUGAUGACUAUUUUCGCAUGAAGAAUAUCUUCAACUAUCUCGACGGGGACGGGUCCGGGUGGGUCUUGCUGCGCAGCCUUGUGCUUAACACGCCCUUCCCGGUGCUGCAGGAGCAGCUCAUUGAGCGUAUCUCCCUGCGGCGACCACGAAAGCGCUCUGACGGCACCAUCUCCGUCGACGCCUUUCUUGAGCUCGUGUACUACAACUACAAGACGGAUGUGGAGAUCGCUAAGCGGGCGAAGGAGGAGGACACCGACUACCAGAACAUUAUCACCAACUGGAAGUGUUUGUUGAAUGCAAUGGAGGGCGACGGCGCGGAGGCGCUUAAGGAGGUUCGGGAGCGGCGGAAGAGUGAAGCGGGUGAGGACGACGACGAUGAUGAGGACUUCAAAAACGAUGACCAAGUGCUGGAGAAAUUGCCCGUUCUUCCACCGGCGGACUUGUACCGCCUGCGCAUUCGGAGUCACAAACUUGGCGCCGCGGAGGCCCGCGAGAUUGUUGAGGAGGCUAUGAGGCUCCAGAUCGAUGCCGAUGCCCGACGCUCGGAGGGAGCGGCAGGGGAGGAGGCCGCAGGUGGCAAUGGCAACUGCGACGAGAACAGCAACGGCGAGGGAGCGGCAAAUGAUGGGCACCGGGUGGUGCAGCUUUCCAUCCCAUGCCUGCGCCGUGCGUACCGCAGCGUUUCCCAGCCGGAACCCCGGCCCGACCGCUUUUGCUUUCUGCAGGAGCACGAGGAAGACUACGUCCCACCCAUGUUGCGUGCCGGCUCGCGGCUUAUCAGUAUCUCGAAGCUGUCGUUCCUCAAUAGCAUGGAUUCCUCUGGCGGCAGUGUUACUUCGCAUGAUGACGAUAUGGGGUUUGACGCUGAGGGCACUCGCACCCGCUGGUGGGAUCUGCCGCCCGCUAUGGUACGUCUUGUGACGAAGUUCUUCAACAAGCAGGUCUCUAAGCUGCCUAAGAGGCGGCAGUCCACGCUUGCGAUUUCGCCGCGCACCCAGCGUGACAACGCGAUGCAGAAGAACUCCAUCCCUGUGACGGCCCUCCUCGCCGCAAAGUUUGUGACCGACCUGGAGUCCAUUCACCCUCGCAUGCUGGCGGACAAAUUCAUGCAGUACAGCAUCCCCAUCGACGUCUCCAUGGUGACGUUGCAGGAGAUUGUCAACUGCCUCAACGAGUACUAUGUGGAGCUGAGCGUGGACAAGCCGAUCACGCUGGAGAAGAUGCGCUGCAUGUCCAUACCCCAGCCUUCGGUAUCCCGCACAUCGGCCACGACAACAAAAACUGAUCUGAGCACCACCGGUGAGCUCUUGGUGGUGUCCGCCGGCGGGGCGAAGCGGGGCGCAGCGAAUGGGUGUUAA